UCAGUAACUGCCCAGAAAACAGAAGUGAGAAGUUGCAUUUAACAAAAAGGGACAAAGGUACUUUCAAGUGAUUUCUUCUCUUUUGAGACAUUGCGAAAAGUAACCAGCAUGGCUGUGGAUUAUGUUGACUAUGAGGAUUACACUGCAGACAAUGACACAGAGAACAACAACACCUCAACUGGAAUACUGACUUUCAAUAGUUCUCAGUCUUCUUUGAACCAUGUUCUAGUGACAGUCAAUAUCAUUAUAUCUGUUAUUGGCCUUGGAGGAAAUUCAUUAGUGAUCUGGAUUUGUGGAUGGAAAAUGAAAAGAACGGUCAUCACCACCUGGUACAUCAGUCUGGCCAUUUCAGACUUUUUGUUCUGUGCCUUCUUGCCCCUGGAAGUGUUCUACAUGAUCACCUCACACUGGCCUUUUGGACUGUUCUUGUGCAAGCUCACCUCCUCAGCCCUGUUUCUCAACAUGUACAGCUGUGUGUUUCUGUUGGUUCUGAUCAGCGCUGAUCGCUGUCUAAUGAUUUCAUUUCCUGUGUGGUCACAUAACCACCGGACAGUCCGAAAAGCAUUUGGAGUUGUUGUCUUCAUGUGGGUCCUUUCUGCACUACUAACGUUGCCCUCACUGAUCUUCAGACAAACCACAGUCCACGGCUCAGUCACUCAGUGCCACACCAGUUACGUGAACCAUUCUAGACACAAGGCAGUGGUCCUGACUCGAUUCGUCUGCGGGUUCCUGAUUCCUUUCCUAAUGAUUGUGUUCUGCAGCUCGGUGCUCUGUGUGAAGCUGAGAAGUUUGACUAUCAAGUCAACAAAGCCUUACAAAGUCAUGGCGGCACUCAUCUUGUCAUUUUUCUUGUGCUGGGUCCCCUAUCAUAGCUUUGUUCUUUUAGAGUCAGACUUGACAAAUCACAGCCUGGAAGUACUUAAAACUGGCCUGAAGGUGGGGGCCACCCUGGCUGCAGCAAACAGCUUCAUAUCCCCAGUUCUCUAUGUGUUCAUUGGUAAUGACUUUAAACAAACCCUAAAGCGGUCUUUGACAUCAAGGAUAGAGGAGGCAAUGGCAGAGGAUUUCCGUACAGGUCACUCAAAGUCUAAGUCAAUGGAAAUGAUCUGAAAUCAAGUUAAAACCUCUGCCAUCAAUGACAAUGAGUAUUUCACAGUACAGAACAUGAUUAUAGAGCUGGGUGAUAUUGAAAAAAUCAUAUGUCAUGGCAUGUUUUACCUUAGAUGUGUUUACUGUAUGUGUCAUUGCUUUAUUUAUAAUGAUGAUAAAACCUUGUUGAUUUUUACACAAUAUCAAAUUUGCAUUACACAGUGUUGUUGGUCAGCUAUGAAUUAGCCACUGACAUUAAUUCUUUCAACUUUAAAAAAUAUAAUAUAUAUUAUAUAUAUUAUAUAUAUAUAAAAUAUAAUAUAUAUAAAAAAAAAUGUUGUUAUGCUUGCAUAUCAGCUUGCUUCAAAUUGCCCCUUUGCAGGACGAAUAAAGUAUUUUGAAUUGUAUUAAAUUAAUAAUUUACGAUAUAUUAUAAUUUGGUUGAGCUGACUGUGAAUGUUACAUUUUUUUUAAACAAAUAUCUUUACUCUUAAUCUUAUUAUAAAUUGAUGCAUAUUUAAAAAGGAAAGUAAACAAAUAAGUGACAUACUUACAUUGUAACUUUCUUCUGCAAACUUCUAUAAAUUUUAAACUUCCCUUAGAUUUAAUGUAGCCCUACUAGCAAGCUGUACUGUGGUAUAUUAUUGCAUUUGUUUUAUUUUAAAGUUAUUAAAACAUAUUAAACCUG